GUGAACGAGUGAUCUCUGCGUUCUGCAAUUAAAAAGGUUGAAGAGUUAGAGGACAGGCCUGCCGUGCUGUUUGGGAGGUCUUGAAACUGCUCAGAGUUGUGUGGCUUUUGGCUGAAUGAGCGCCCAUCCAUGCCUUUAUUAGAAAUUGCCACUGCCCAGCCUAACUUCCGAAAUCAUCUGGGUGCACUCGGGGCUCAAGCCUUUGUUCACGGUAGAUUGUUCUCUAGUUCGUUUGCUUUUGGGAAUGAUAAAAGGCUUGCCUCAUGGAAACUGUCUAACGCACCUAAAAGGAUUCUCGUGGAGCCGCAUCCGCCUAAGUUUGUGGUCAAGGCAGUUGCCACCCUAGAGUGCAUGUGCUCUGUUCUGAACGAAGAUGUGCGCUUAUCUCGCGAAAGCUCACAGGUGGCUACAGGUUCAAGUUCAUCAGGUGCCCGACUUGAGCCAUCUGAGGACGAUGGAAUGGAAUUGGACGAAAGAGAAAAGCUGAGGCGGAUGAGAAUUUCUAAGGCAAAUAAGGGGAACACUCCAUGGAACAAAGGCAGGAAGCAUAGUGCUGAAACCCUGCAACGAAUCAGAGAGAGAACUAGACUAGCAAUGCAGAAUCCUAAGGUCAAGAUGAAGUUGAUCAACCUCGGACAUGCACAGAGUGAGAAGACAAGACUGAAAAUUGGUGUUGGAGUUCGGAUGGGGUGGCAAAGGCGUCGGGAAAAGUUGAUGGUGCAGGAGACAUGCUAUAAUGAAUGGCAGAACUUGAUUGCAGAAGCAUCUAGAAAAGGUUAUGUAGGUGAGGAGGAGUUGCGGUGGGAUUCGUAUGACAUGUUGAAUGAACAGCUUGAGCGUGAGUGGUUAGAGAGCGUUGAGCAGCGGAAAACGAUGCUUAGGCCAAAAGGUAGCAAGAGAGCUCCAAAGUCGCCAGAGCAAAGAAGAAAAAUUGCAGAAGCAAUUGCAGCAAAAUGGGCAGAUCCCGAAUACCGCGAACGAGUCUGUUCUGGCCUGGCUAAGUAUCAUGGAACACCAGUUGGAGUUGAAAGAAAGCCAAGGAGAAAGCCAGCUGACGCCGGCGGUACACGACCAAGGAAAAGGAGCCCAUCUCAGAAAAAAUCUAGUGACAUGGACAGCACUCCCAGACUAGAUCAUCAGAGCCAAAUCCAAAAACUGAGACUGAAGAGAAGGAAAACUCCUCUCUUUAAGGAUCCUUUGGCAAGUUCUAAGUUGGAGUUGAUAAAGAGUAUCAGGGCACACAGAGCAGCUCAAGAAACAAACAAGACCGAAGCCAUAGCACGAGCAAGGCUAUUGAUUGCUGAAGCUGAAAGGGCAGCCAAAGCAUUGGAGGCUGCUGCAGUGAAGAGUCCCAUUGCUAGAGCUUCCCUUGCAGAAACCAGAAAGCUUAUAGCUGAGGCCAUUCAAUCGAUUGAAUCAAUAGAUAUAGGAUCUAUGCCUUCCACUUACAAUGGAUCAUACCCUUCAGCCGCCCUACCAGAUCUGAUCAAUCAUAUUGAGGAGGAAACAGCUACAGUCUCCGGGAAUCGACGGAACCGGAGAAAAGUCAAUGGAAGCCAAGUGAAGACAUGGGAGGACAGUGAUGGGAACUUCGAUUUCGGAGGAUUCAGCUUGCCGGAUGUGCUCGAUGAAGAAGGCGAACUUGAUCCGAUCGACUUGGGUUUCGUCCCUCUUGAUUUGGAAGCUCGAAUGGACCAUUCGGGGGAGCGGCAUGACAUACCGGAACCAAAUGGCCUUGUAGGAGGUGAAAGCAGAUCUUUACCAAACGGAACCAAAACUAAUGUUCAAUCAACGGGAAGCGAAACAUGCUCUAAGCCCAUUGCAGCGACGAAGAAAUGGGUACGUGGUAGGCUCGUGGAUGCGGCCGACUGAUUCUUUGGUCUUCAAUGAAGUAAAACCUGCUGAUAAAGUGAACGGAGUUACAUGUACAUUUGAAGUUGAUUAUAACUAUGAGCUAGAGGCCGGUUCUCGAAUUCGGGACUAUAAAUGAAUCAAUCCGCUGUGGCGGUGAGGAACUACAGAUCGAUGUACCAUUCGAGAUACGAUUGUAGAA